AUGCCUAAAACCUUCCUCAAGCUCCCCAGCGAAGUUCGCAACGACAUAUAUGAGCGAGUCUUGGUGCUCGAAAAUCCUAUUUCAUUUGCGGGGAACGUCGGGGAUGGAAGUGUCAAUGCCGGCAUGCUCACUCCAGGGCUUCUUCUUGCGAGUAAAGAGGUCUCUUCCGAAGCCGCCUCGAUCCUCUACGCCCAGAAUUACUUCAACUUCGAGGAUUGUGACUCCGAGGAGUUAGACGCAUUUCUAACAGGAAUUGGGCAAGACAACGCGAGUUUUGUACGACACCUCAUCAUCGACUUUCCCGAUAUUGGCUGUCCCGACAAGAAAACUGUCGCUUUAGGACUUGAAAGCGCCGCCCUUCUUAGGAUGAUCCGAGAACGCUGUCGUAAUUUGAUCACGAUAACCACAACGCUAUACAGCACAAAUAUGAUGGCGCUUAGGACCGAUGCACUCGACUGUCCCAAUUUCGUUACCAAAGCCAUAGCACUAGCCGACUCCGAAUUCAGAACUAUUCCCUCCUCUCUUCAAAAGAUCGUCGUCAAAGUACACGAACAUGAACCAAUGAAUUGGGUCAAGAAGGAAAUGGAAGAUCUCGGUUGGACGCUCUGUCAAACGGAGCUUUUGGAAGAUUCCGAGUCCGAACUGGAAGAUAUGUGUUAUGAUUAUGAUGUCUACGAUGACGAAUACGACUCUGAUCACAGUGAACUCUAG